UGCCAUGCCUCACAACAUCUAGAAGAAAAAGACCAUAGGAAGCUGAAAUCUCUGUAACAACAUUCCUUAGAGGAAAGGUAUCAGGAGACUUUGGUGAACAUGUCUCACUCAAAUAGUCUUUCAGAUUUACAGGAGUUUCAAUUGAAAGAGAUUAAGAGAAGGCAGAAGAGGGCAGACCAAAUACUACAAAAUUUAGCAGAAUUGCUGGAUAAAGGGAAGCAACAACAGGAAGAGGCAGUAAGGAAAAUCGAGGCAGAACUGAGGCAAGCAAUGGAAAUCCCCAAAGAGUAUUGGCCACCUCUAAACAAGUCCCUAAAAGAAGUCAUGGAAAAUAUGCAUAAACAAAUCAAUUUUACAGAACAAACACUGUCCCAGAGUCAAAACCUACCAGAUAGAGAAUUAGUGAGAUGGGCAUCUGGAGGACUCAGCCUGCAGGGGAUUUAUAAAACUAGAUCCCAACAAGAACUGCUAGAAAAGAGAGAGGAGUUACUCAGUGUCCCCAACGAAUUCUUAUUUUCUGGACCAGAGCAGGGCACACGAAUGGAAACAAAGGAAUUUACAUCUUCUCAAGCAGAAUCCGAAUUCACUCAGACGAUAGAAAAACUGGGCUUCAGUGUAUCUGCCUUAGCCAAAGGCAGUGGUUGGGGAUUUAAUUUAGAAAUUGGAAUAGAUCACAACAAACAUUCAGAAUCCAAGAAAACAAAGCAAUCGCAUAAUGAACACUCUUAUUUCUGCUCAACCAAGUUCAUGUAUGUGCCACUGGUCUCUUGCCAUUUUCCUCUUCAUCAACUAAAGUUAUCAAAGGCAGCACUCCAGGAACUGAAAAGCAUUGAAGAUAUUCUUAGCUUGGCUGCAGGCCCAGAUAAAGUCACUGUUCUGAGACAAAGGACUGAAAACUUCUUCCAGAAGUUUGGCUCUCAUGCUAACCAGGGCCCUCUGCACUUUGGAGGAAUCUACUGGUGGAAAGCCGUAUCAGAAGGCUUCCAAAGUGAGCAGCUGACAGAAGUAAAACAGCAGUCAGUAGAAAUGCUAGAAUAUCACAUCAGAGGCAGCUACAGUGGCUUCGGCUUGACGGCUGCUGCAGGGCUAGAUGUGUCAUCCUCUCAGUCUAACAUAGCCUCUCAGAAUACAACCUUCAAAACCCUCCAGACCAGGGUACAAUUAUUUAUAACCCAGACUGGUGGCCCUCUAGAAGCAAAUAGCCUUGUUCAAUGGAAAACUGGUCUAGUUGCCAGUAAUCGAACCUGGUGUGUCAUCGACAGGGGACUUCAGCUGUUACCCAUUUGGGAAAUCAUCCUCUCCAACCACAAAAGUGAUUUUAAUGAUCCUUUUCAGAUAGCUAACUGCCUGAGAGAAAACUAUAAUGAUCUGACUGGACUCAGUGCCCAGCUACCAGCAGGAGAAGAUAUGUUGAGUGCUGAGAGGGAGGCUAGGGCUUUCCUAGAAACUGUGAAAUCAUGGGAGGUGUCUGACCCAGAAGAACAUCUUAAGCAAUUGAUAGAUUUCAUGCAAGAGUUGAGUGAAAGAGUAAAAAACUAUGACAUUUGGAUUAAAAUAUGCCUUACAGAUUGCAGUCUUCAGAAAUUUCUGAUAAGUGUUGUAAAUUUUUGCAAAAAUUCAUCCAUGUGUAACAGUCAAUUUAUUAAGUCUCAGUUGUGCAGCCUUCUGGAUCCUCAUAUCUACAGUGUGAAAAACUUUCCACAGAAAGAUUUCAUCAUGAAGUGGAUAUUUCAGUCAGAAUCACAAAAAGAGGACAUCAAUAUCACCCAAUUUUCUGAACUAGUGAAAAUGUUAACACAGACACAAAGUGAACUCAUUGAAGUAAAGGCCAAAUCUCAGUCCCCAGAAGCAGUAGAAGAAGCUCAAAGAAAGGCCACCUAUGAAAUCAGUGUAUCUCUUGGAUGCUUCUUGAAUUACCUCCAAGUAACAGAGCAGCCUGACAGACAGCACUUGUUGCUUUCCAUUGCAGCUAAUGUAGGAUAUAAUGUAGUUAAUAAUACUUUUCAAUAUCUUCUGAGGGGUGAAGAAUUAAAUUUCCUACUGCAUGAAAUGAAAACUGCCCAUGAUAAAUACCAGGAGCUCCAAAAUAUUUGCAGUUACAGGGCUCAGGCAUUUCUAUUGCUCACCGUGUUGACGACUACUUUUGGAGUCAGAGCUGUUUCUCCAGAGGAUAAAGCAAAACGUUUGGCAUUGACUACACAGCACAUGGGGAGGUUAUUGACUACAGAAGUUGUCCAGGUCCUCAAAACACAUAGAGCAUAUCCUGAUUGGGAAAACUUAGAGAAAGAUUUGAGAUUCCUUAUGAAUGGUGAAAUUGAGGCCACCAUGCUUUCACUGCAAAUGGAUGUGAAGAAAGAGUUGCAAAGUCUACUUCACGAAAACAAACCAUCUAAAGAAAUACGUGACACUGAUAACUACAAGUGUGAGGUUGAAAAAAAUACAACUUUUAUAGAAUUACUCCAGCGUCUAGGCCUAAAAGAUAAGUUCCCCAAAAGGAUGGCCAGAUCUGACUUCCAUUUGAUUUACAAGACUUCAGUGCAUAAUAACAAUCCCAACUCUGAACAAGAGCUUCCCUUCUAUUUCUUGCAGAAAUUACUAGUACUAGAUUAUGGAUUAAGAUACCUUGUUUCUAAAGAUGAUAAAAAGACAGAUAGUCAAGUCUCUCCAGACAGAUUAAAUAAGGAAAAUGAGGCUUUUGAUCCAUUUGAAGACAAUUUGGAAGACGAUGUGAAUAAUAAUUCAGCAUCUUUUUCCAAGUCCCAUAUUCACCCUAUGGAUAUUCAGAUGGCUAUCCUUCACUGUACAGAUGAUUUUGCCAGACAGUAUAUUUUGGGGAAACUUGCCACUUGUCAGUUUGCCCUCCCACUUCUUGUACCUAAUCCCUGCAAUGCGCAGAUUGAAUUUUACCUUUGGUCUCUCAAUCAAAUUCGGAGAAGCUGGCAAGAGAGAAAAAUUUCGCCAAAUGAAAACCACAAUUACAAUAAUCAACAGAUGUGCCGGGUCCCUACUCCCAUUGUGUCUUUUAUUAGAGUUGGAGAUGGCUUGUCUGCUUCCAAAUCUCAGAUCAUGAACUGUCUUCUCAGUAAACGGAAACAUGAUACCUUUUUUCACAGACAUUGUAAAGGGAGCAGCAAAAACUGUCUCUUGAUGGGGGGUGUGGUAGAAAUCUGCUGGUUCUGUCCUGGAGGGGAAGAAGACAGAUUUGACAACUGUUUGACCUUUGCCAAUCUUCAUGGAAAUGCAAAGGAAUACCAACAGCAACUCGUAUUCCUACAGGAGGUCUCUUCUCUUCUUAUAAUCCUUAUGUCAACUACUGAUGACAAUGAAGAUAACCGAAAAUGUGUCCUUCAGUUGUGUCAGUCAUCAAAACCUUUCAUCUUAUUGUAUGAUGAUAAAGAGAAAAUAGCCAAAACUUCUGGCCAAAGAGUAAAAAUUGGAGUUCAAAACAGAAAUGAAGCAGAAUUAACAGAGGAGCUCACAACUACUAUUAAAAAUUUGCUAAAAUUAUCAGGCAAUAUUCAUAGUUUAGAAGACUGUGCCCAGGUUGCCCGCAAGCAAGGAUUCCUUGUUGAUGAAGACCAGAGAGACUGCAAGGAAGCCAAAGAAAAAGCAGCAGGUUUAAAGAGCCUACUUCAAAAAAUGGACAUAUCCCAGAUGAAAGAACACUUGCUACCCCUUCAGGGCCAACUAUGGCACAACUGGUGCAAAAAAGACAAAGAACUUUAUCAUCUGAAAGAAAAGGGAAACCGAAGCAUUGAACAACACAAAAGUGAAACAGAGACAGAGAAACAGAAAAUAAGGCUUGAACAGUUCAAGAGGGCCUUUCCACUCAAUCAUUUAAUGAAACAUUUCCUGCAAAUUCUAUGGACUUUUUCUCAAACUCACACAAAAUUAUACUUCUUGCAAUGGCUAGCUGUGUUUUUGGACAAUCUGAUAGCACCACACCUGGAAAAACUGAAGGAAAAGAAAAAGACUCUGUGGUCACAAAUACAAACAGAAAAGCAAAAGACAGCAAAGACUAAUGUCCCAAAAUAUAUAGAAAAUGAGAUCAGUGCUAUUGUCAAAAAGAUUAAUGACAGUAACUUAGCAAUUGAACAUAUUCUCAGAGAAGUUGGUCAAAUCUAUGAAGCUCUAGAGGAAAGUUCCUUCAUAAAAUAUACAGGAAACCUUUGUCACUCCCUUCCACAGAUCGCUGCUGAUCUUCUGAUAUCUGGAGUUCCCAUUGAGCUGAUGGAUGGGGAAGCUUCUUAUGUACCUCUAAAGUGGGUGGCAGCUGUUUUUGACAAGGUCACUGAGAAACUUGGUAAAAAAAGGUUGUUUGUCCUCUCUAUCCUGGGCAUACAGAGUUCAGGAAAAUCCACCCUCCUUAAUGCUCUUUUUGGGCUCCAAUUCACUGUCAGUGCUGGAAGGUGUACCCAAGGGGCCUACAUGCAACUCUUAAAGGUGGAGGAGACAUUUGCAGAGGAACUUGGAUUUGACUUUAUACUUGUUGUGGACACAGAAGGACUUCGGGCCCCAGAACUAAAUAACAAAUCUCAAAAGCAUGACAAUGAGUUGGCCACCUUUGUCAUUGGACUUGGAAACUUGACUCUUAUCAACAUUUUUGGGGAAAAUCCAUCAGAAAUGCAAGACAUCCUACAAAUAGUUGUCCAAGCCUUUCUGAGAAUGAAGCAAGUAAAAAUCUCUCCAAGUUGCUUGUUUGUCCAUCAGAAUGUUGGGGAAGUUAUGGCCCAAGAUCAAACCUUGGAAGGACGGAGGAGAUUAGAGCAGAAACUAGAUGAAAUGACAGCAGCAGCAGCUGAGCAAGAACAAUGUUCAGACAUAACAUUUUUUAGUGAUGUCAUUAAGUUUGAUGUGAACAGUCAGGUCCACUAUUUUGCUCACCUCUGGGAUGGCAAUCCUCCCAUGGCCCCUCCCAAUCCUCGUUACAGCCACAAUGUUCAGGAACUAAAACAUCAGAUUCUGGAAACAGCCAAACAACAAGCCAGAGGAAGCAUCAUGAAGAUAUCAGAUGUGAAAAUGAGAAUUCAAGAUCUAUGGAAAGCCCUGGUUAGUGAGAACUUUAUUUUUAGCUUCAGAAACACACAAGAGGUCAUGGUCUUGAGCAAACUGGAAAGCAUGUAUAAUAGCUGGACUUGGGAUAUAAGGAGUCAUGUAUUAGGCUUGCAGGACCAGCUAAUGAAUCAAAUUCAGAAUGGAAAUUUACAGACUCUUCAGACAAGCAUGCUAGAGACUCAAGUUUCACAAAAUUAUGAACUUAUCAAACAAAAAAUGGAAAAAUAUUUUGAGGAUGACCCAGAUAGUGAAAUAUUGAUUCAGUGGAAAGCCAACUUUGAAAAUAAGCUAAGAAUAUUGAAGGAGGCACUUAUUUCAGAAGUCCAAAGAAAAGUUCAAGCAAUGAUCAAUUUGAAAAAGAGUCAAAAAACACUGGAUGACAAAAAAUCAGCUUAUGAAAAGGAAAUAGUGAAAAAAAGUCAACAAUUGGCUUUAACUGUCAAGCGCCGAAAGCUAAGUACUAAAGAGCUUUAUCAAAGAUUUGAUAAACUUUGGAAAAAAUGGGUCUGUAAUGUAACCUCAAAUCAUCAACCUGUUCCAGAGCCCAAUAUUGAUAAGGAUAUUGAAGAUAUCCUUUUUCGUUACUUCAACAAAGAGAAUAACAUAGCGGAUAUAAUUAACAAUAAAUUUGGGAAAAAUUUUCAAAUCAAAUAUGACCAGCAUGUCCAAAUGAACAAAAAAUAUUAUUUCAAGACUCUAAAGUUAGAAGUACAAGAUAAGGAGUCCAUUGAUAUGACUACAGAACGCAUUUUUUUAAAAUUUUAUAACACUAUUGACAAAAUUCAGAAGCAGCAGCAAGAUUACAAUUCCCAUUAUUUCUAUGAAAUAUUAAGAAUAAUAGAAGAGGAGAUAAAAUCUGCACUCACACAGGAAAGAUAUACAUUUAAAACCGAAUAUAAAAUUGAUUUGUCUUUUAGUUUAUUCAAAGAGGCAGCAAAGACUUUUAGAGAGAUGCACAGGGCAUUCAAGGAAGCAAAUGAUCCUGUAAACUAUCUGGAAAGAAAGAAAGAUGAGUUCUUUAUGAGUUUUAAGAUAUCUUGUGAAGGAGCAACCAAUAUCAAGACCUCUGUUGAUUUUCUCUGGAACAAACUCACUCCUGCUAUCUCUACAACCUUGCGGAGAAAUUUGGUUUCUCAGAUGGCUGCAUACAUUCGAGGAAACUGCUCUGAAUUCAAUGCAAACAGGUCAAAUCUGGAGAAAUAUAUCCUCAUCUCUCUGGCAGAAGAAGAAAAUUUUGAGAAUUACUGGCGAUAUAUACAUGAUCCGCAAUCUUUUUUUAAAAGUUUCAUCCUGAGAUAUGUUCAAAAAUAUUAUUCAGGUGAAGGAAGUGAGAAAAUAAAGUCUUUUAUAAAAGUAAACUUAGAAGACAUCAAGCAAAUAAUCCGAUCAGUUAUUCAUGAUUCCACAGAAAUUGCUAAAGAUAAAAACAGCAAUGAGACAGCAUCUGAGUGGUUAAAUGUGUUCUGUGAUAAACUAGGGAAUAAUUUUGCCUUCCCAAGAAAUGAUCUAAUAAACAUUGAACACCAGGAGAUAAAAGAUAUUUAUUUUCUGAAAGAUGCCAUGAGUGGUGCUUUGGAUCCUGCAAUGAAAAAGUUGGAACAGAAAUGUUUAAGUAUGAGUAAGGAAAAAGAGAUGUUUGAAGUCAGUGAAAUUCUUUUUGAACAUCUCUGUGGUUGCUGGGUGCAGUGUCCCUUCUGUAAUGCAAUUUGUACAAACACAAUCCCCAAUCAUGAUGGAGACCACAGUGUGCCCUUCCAUCGUUCAAAAGCUGUCACUGGGAGAAGAUGGCAUAAAACAGAUCAGUUUUCUAUUGAUUGCUGUGCAACUUCAGUAGCAAGUGACUGUGGUUUUCAUCUUAGUGAGACUACAGUAAUUCCAUAUAAGAUCUAUAGAGUUGCAGGAGGGAUUUAUCGCACAUGGAAAAUCACUCCAGACUCCUCUGCCCAGUCAUACUGGAAAUGGUUUCUCUGUCACUUCAAAUCAGAGCUAGAAGAAAGAUACCAUUUAAAAUUUGAAAGUAAGGGCCAAAUCCCUGAUGCAUGGUACACUAUCACAAAAGAGACUGUGCUAGAUGAGUUGAGAAAACAAUAAUACUCAGACAUCACAAGAGUUUUCAUAGUGUCACAAAAUUUUACAGUCACCAAUCAAAUUCCAAAUAACUUCACCUCAUGAUAGUGAUCUCAGGAGAUAGAAAAAUAGUAUAAUAGGUAGGAAGCUUCUGCUGUACCUAGCCA